CGCUGGGCAGGAUCCGCCUCGCCGGCUGCGGCCGGCCGGGCUGGGAGACCCGCGCCGGGGAGAAGGUGAGGGGAUCUGGCGGGCAGCUCCGCACAGCCCGGAAAAUGAGCGCUUGGAAACCUGCCUGCGAGCGGACCCAUGAUCGAAGGACCAAAGGAGCCGCGUGAUCGCCGGACCUGGCCCCGCGACCCCAGACAUGGGCCAGACCUCGGUCUCCACGCUGUCCCCGCAGCCCAGCAGCGUUGAUGGACUCGACAAAGCUUCCAUAGCAAACUCAGAUGGCCCAACAGCAGGCUCCCAAACACCUCCCUUCAAGAGAAAGGGGAAACUCUCCACCAUCGGUAAAAUCUUUAAGCCUUGGAAAUGGAGGAAAAAGAAGACCAGUGACAAAUUCAGAGAAACCUCAGCAGUAUUAGAAAGGAAGAUAUCCACAAGACAAAGUAGAGAGGAGCUGAUAAGAAGGGGCGUUCUUAAGGAGUUGCCUGAUCAAGAUGGAGAUGUAACAGUUAACUUUGAAAAUUCAAACGGGCACAUGAUACCCAUCGGAGAGGAAUCUACCCGAGAGGAAAAUGUAGUAAAAUCUGAAGAAGGUAAUGGCUGUGUAGCUGAAAAAACACCACCUCUGGAGGAAAAGGCAGAAGAUAAGAAAGAGAACACUGAAAACCACCCUGAAACACCGGCUCCUGCUCCACCUCCUCCAGCUCUUCCUAGGCCUAAACCCAAACCUAAACCCAAAAAAACACCGGGGCCUCCAAAAGGGGCUGCUGCUGGGGUAAGCCCCAAGGGUGACGAAGUGCCUCCUAUUAAAAAAAUUACCAAGGCUCCUGGUAAGCAGGCCCCCGUCCCUCCACCCAAGCCAGCAAGCCGAAACACGACCCGAGAGGCUGCUGGUUCCUCUCAUUCAAAAAAACCAACUGGGUCCAAAGCAUCAGCUUCACCAUCGACUUCCUCCACCUCAUCUCGUCCUAGAGCUUCAAAGGAGACACUUUCUAGCAAAACAGGGACAGUGGGAAUCACAAAGGGCAAGAAAAAAACCGGCAAGCAGCCAACCUCUCGACCGUCCUCAGAGGCAACCACUUCGGGCACGUCCGACCUUAGAGGAGACCCUUCUGAGACGAGGGUGGAGAGUCUCAAACCCGAGCAGACCGUCCCUGGGACCGAUGAGCGGACCACAGGCAAACCCGAGUCUGCGGUGCCUCUACCCCCUGUGGCUUCACCCCCUGCUCCCCCCGCCCCUCCACGUACUCUCGAGGCGCAGUGCACUGUUGCCCCAGACAUGCCUGUGGUCCUGGUCAGCGAUGGAGCUGCCCUGCCCGCCCCUGCCUUAGACCCGAGUCAGCUUCUCUGGACUGAAGAGCCAACCAACAGAACCACUGUCCUCUCAGGCGCUGGCUUAAGUGUUAGAGAAAAUGCAAAAUGCAGUUUUACAACCAAAGAUGAGCCGGGGAAGGCGGCACCUCAUCUGCUGACUCCUGGGCUGAUGGGAGAAUCUUCCGGAUCCUUCAGUGCCCCGGAGGAUGAAGGCCAAAGGGAAUACCAGGCCAAUGACUCUGACUCCGAUGGGCCUGUCUUGUACACUGAUGAUGACGAUGAUGAAGAAGAUGAGGACGAGGAUGGCAGUGGGGAAAGUGCUUUGGCAAGUAAAAUACGACGAAGGGAUACUCUUGCUAUCAAACUUGGCAACAGACCAUCUAAAAAGGAACUAGAAGACAAAAACAUCUUGCAGCGCACAUCUGAAGAGGAGAGGCAGGAAAUCCGGCAGCAGAUUGGAACCAAGCUCGUCAGGAGACUUAGCCAGAGGCCCACAACUGAAGAAUUAGAGCAAAGAAAUAUCCUAAAACAAAAGAAUGAAGAGGAAGAACAAGAAGCAAAAAUGGAACUUAAGCGCAGACUCAGCAGAAAGCUCAGCCUGAGACCUACAGUGGCCGAGCUCCAAGCUCGAAGGAUCCUGCGGUUUAAUGAGUAUGUGGAAGUCACCGAGUCUCCUGACUACGAUCGCCGGGCAGACAAGCCCUGGGCCAGGUUAACACCUGCAGACAAGGCAGCAAUAAGGAAGGAACUAAAUGAAUUUAAAAGCACAGAAAUGGAAGUUCAUGAAGAGAGUCGACAGUUUACAAGGUUUCACCGUCCAUAAAGAAGUGUGAGACUCUGGAAACAUAGACUGGUCAUCUUUGGGGGAAGCCUCUCUUCCUGAAAACCUGAUAUUGCACUGGGAUUUGAAUGUGUGUGUUUCUGUUUAAUUGGGGAAGGAAGUGUAUGGAAAGUGCUCCCCACCUAUACAGCCCAGAUAGGGCCAACAAGCAAAGGGACAGGUGCAGUGACUCUGCUGUCCAGCAUGUGUAUUGAUGGUAAGCAACACCAUGGUUAUACCAGUUAUUCUCCAUCAGGAGUUUUAAUCAAGGAAGAUGAGCAGAAGACAAUCGCUGGGUCCCUGUUACCAGAAAGCCAAAUUGUAGAGUGUGGGUUAAAGAGAAAUGGGGACUGGAAUUGCUGGGCACUGGAAAGGGGUAGGGGUUGAAAAUCAGAAAAGAAGAGAAAUAUUUCAUUAUGUUAAUGAAGAAAAGAAAAAAAAUCAAGGCAUAAAUAUUUUUGAAGUAGGCUUUUGGUAGCUGAGAACUUAUUAAGGGAUUUUGGAAUCUAAUCACCCAAUGUGGAUUCCUUAAAGACCGGAUCCUAGAAGAAUCUUCCCGUUUCACCGUUAUGUUGGUGCAGUAUAGUACCAUUAUUUUAUGUUGUGCCAGUGAAUCCAAUUGCCAGAAAUAAGUCUGAGUGUUUUCAUGCAUCUUUUUCUUAAAUGCAAGAGACGUUUAUUGACUCUUAACAAGCAUGCCUGCCCAAAUUUUGUUGCAUGUUUCAAGUAACAUAGCUAUAUACACACUUUUUAUUUUUUUAUACUCCUUAUCUAAUGUACCAGACUUCUACAAGGAUAACAGGACUGGGAAUAAAGUCAGAUGAAUGUGACCCUAUAAAUCUGUAGGAAGCUCUAGAAAUAAAUCUUUUGGUCUUUCCCUAGCUUGAUUAUCUUCAAAGUCAAAGCAACCAUGCUUGAUCUAAGGAAGAUAAUAUUGACAAUCACAACACCUUUUUCAAAAAAAAAAAAAUCUGAAUCCAAAGUUAAAACUUAAAUGCAAGUGUUCUGCCAGCAGUUAGGUCUGAGUGGGCAUGGAAAGGACUACUCAUUUUCAAGGCUGCAUUAAGUUGGAUUGCUGCUAUUAAAAAAAUUAAGUACAUGGAUCAAAAAAAUACUCAUCCAAAGGCUUAAAAGAACACAGGGAAUUUCCGCGAAGUGGCAAGUGAGGAGGACCUCAUUUUAUAUUUUGAGAGUCUGCAGAUUACAUCCGUAAAUAUAGCAUUGACUUUCAGUGCAAAAGAAUCAGUGAGCUUAAAGUUUGGAAGUCAUGGAAGGUUUCUCUGGGAGUCUACACUCAGUAUUGAGACACCCUCAAUUGCCACCUUGCCGUUUUUCAUGGAGUCCCAGGCACAGCAUGGCUUCUGUCCCAAACACAUAUGAUCAGAUGUAAAUACCCCUUGCAUUCAAUUGUUCUUUCAUGAUUGUUUUGUGCUCCUUGUAUUAAAAACACAUGAGACAUAUAAUAACAAGACAGGACAUGGUAGACAUUUUAUUCUCAGCGCUCAGGCUAAAAUUUUCUGAAAUGUUUCUGGUUCAUAAUAUGGAAGACUGUAAUUUGCAAUUUCAACCAAAAUAGCAAACAUUUAAUCUGGGGGAUAAGUUUGGAUCCUGUCGUUCAUUUGUAUUUUACAGAACCACUUGAAAGUGAAUGAUUUUGCUUACAAAUAAAAACUUUUAGCCCCAGUUGGCCUGUUACAAAAAGCUGGGACCAUUUUAUAACCAAGAAAAGAAGUUGCACUUCUUGCUGCACUCAGCUGUGUGCACUAAAAAACCCAGAUUCUUCACUGUUGUCAUUUUAGUACUAGUGCAAGGUGAACUUUUGCUUUUGAAGAAAAAAAAAAAUUCUGCAUGCCCAAGUGUUUUUUCUUUCUGGCUGAAAGGUUUGCCCAUGUCACGGUGCUUCGAUCCAGCCAUGGGCAUUAAGUUAGUGCUGAUUCUUGCCCAAGUCCUCCCUUUCCUUAUAAUAUUAUGAGAUGAUCACUUUUGUGUCUUGGGAAAAAGUCCAAGGAAUGUAAUGUUAUUUUAAUUUUCUAAUCUUUAAAUAUUACCUUAAUUUCUAGUCACAAGGCCUCCAAAAAAUGCUAAAUAUAAGACAUUUAUCACUGUUUCGGCACUCGAGAUACAGGUCAUGGCAAGUCUCUAUUUGGUUGAUAAAAGGAACAAUUUUUUCCCCAUUCGUGGUGCCUGUGAUGCAGUUUUAAAUAAUCUACAAUGAGAUGCACCCAGUUCAAAAAUGACACUCUGGUCCUUCAGUAUACUGUCUCGCUGGUACGAUAGGUCAGAUUUAUGAACUACUCAUACUUUUUCUUCAUACCAAUUGACACAUUUAGAGAAAAGUUAACAAGUUAGAGAGAAAUGAAAAAGCCAAAAAUACUAGCACCGCUAGUCUAAUAUUUAAGAGCCACCAAUUAUGUCAUGAGAAUGAUUCUUUAAAUAAAAAGCUGUGGAAACAAUCGAAGGGUUAUGAGCUAACCUGUAUUUUGCAGAAUAAGGUUCUAUAUUAAUAGCUAAUUUGAGGAGACGGAAACACUGCAUAUUCACCUGGCAGCCCAUCCAGAGGCCUCUUGUCUGGAAGACCCAAAAGAAUGCAAAGUUGUGGACCACCCUAUGCCCAAUGCCAGCACUUCUGCUGUCCAACCAAUAAGCUGCAAUUCUAUGAAGAAAAUAAGUAUGUGCACGAAUCGGGCUGUUGUAACACAAACCAGGCUGUUCCCUACUUAACGUGAGACAUUAGGCUGACAUAGAGGAAAUGAGUUUUCCUGAGUCCCCAAGAUAUGAUUAGGGAAGCAAACAAACCCAUAUCCAGGAAGAUCCCAGGCAGGAAAGAACAAGACAGACCAUAAAACACAAAGGGGCCAUCUCGGUCUUUUGAAAAAUCAAGCAAAAGAGCAUUACCAUUAAGGUUGUGAGAAGACGCCAUGGGCUUUAUCAGCUUCUCCAUGGUCUGACAAAAUUAGUCCCCUGGUGAUCAGCGUGAAUUUAAAGCAGCCCUGCCUGAUAAUUCCCUGUGUAUGUGAAAUGUCUUGCAUUUUUUAUGUUUGAUAUGAUUUAUGUUAAUUCCUUAAAUUAUUUAAACUAAAUCUAUAAUAUUCAGAGGACCAUUUUGGGUAUCUGAAUAGCUGUUCUAAGUGGAAGAAAAAGCAAACUCAUCCAUCUUCUCUGAUUUACCCAGAAAAGCAGACUUUCUGGUUUCACUUUCAUCUCCUUUAUUAGCAUAAUGAUUGUAGUCACUUACCUUUCUCUAACGUUAGUAAAUAUAUUUCUGUUAGAAACUUCUGAAAUGUAAGUGGAAAUCUAUUUAAGACAGUAAAGGAAUUGAAUGCACCCUUGAAAGUCAUCAAAUAUUGAAAAUAAGGGAUAAUUUCUUAAAACCUGUAAUUUGGGUUUCACACCCUGCAGUUAAUUCAGUGCUGCAUUGGUACUUUGAAAACAUACAGUAGCUUACACUUAAAAGAGAAAACAGUCUGCAUUAACGCUGCGUAUCCUGAUACGUACCACGUUUUAACACGUAACAGGCGUUGUGUUUAUACUCAAUAGUCAGACACAGCUUGCAAAAAUGAUACCAUAUUCGCAAUAGAAGACAACUUUGCCUACCACAUAGUUGUAGGUGCACAUUUAAAGAGUGAAAAUGCAAAAAAAAAAAAAAAAAAAGAGUGAAAAUGCUCUAUUCCUCCUUUCUUGCUCAAAAAUUUCUUCAGUUUAUUAUUCUUUAAGUGGUCCCAGCAGCACAUUAAACAUAGUUAGAAGCCUUCCUCAAAACUGGGUGAGAUGGAAGAAAUAUACAAUUAUGUCAUUUUCAUCAAUAUGGUAGCUGAAGCAUUUCUAAAUUCCAGCCAUAUUAUUACCCCUAACCUUACUAGUGAAAGUAUAUAAUUUGUGACAGGAAUUAAUUUCUUCACGUCAUUGGAGUAUGUUGUGAGCAGUAAGGAGCCACUAGGAUGCAAUUUAUUUGCAGAGUUGUCCCUUGGCCUCUUGAAAUGGGUUAUGUUCCACUAUUGAGUAUUUGCUGUCUUCUUAUUGGCAGGAUGUAUCACACUGUUUUGCUUGGCAAAGCAGAAUGAACUUCUGGAACUGAAAUAUGUCCUAGAGGGGAAUGCCAUGGCAAAAGUCAUCAUCAAAUUAAUAGGACCAUUUUUCUGAGAGAAAACUUAUCUUUAGGUAGUUCAAAUUCAGAUUUCCAAGAGCUUGGCAGUGACCAAAGGCUGGUGAGGACAAAGGUAGAAUACUCCCAAACCAUUCUCACUUUCACUUUCCUUUUACUUUCGGUAAUAAUUAAGCAUUAGCUUUAUAUGAAAAUGGGAACCACCAUCACAUUUCUAGAAACCAAUGGAAGCAUAUCUCAUAAGGUCAUUUCAAAUUAACAAAUCUCAUAUACAUUCUGCAAGAUUUCUGGCAUAAAAUAAAAUAAAAUAAAAUAAAAUAAAAUAAAA